AUGGCCGUCCAGGGUCGCCGGCUCGAUGGCGGUGCGGAUGGCGUGGCCGAUGCGAGCGCAGACGCGGCCUCCGUCGUCGUCGGUCUCACGGCGGAGCAAACGUCGGCACUUUUCGACAUUCUCUCCCACCACGAGACGUAUUCGGAGAUUGAGGCCCUCAAGAGGCCCGAGACGGUGCGCCGGUAUGGGUUUCCCCUCUCGGUUCCCCUCUCGGUCACGACGCAGGAGCUCCGGCGGCAGCUCCAGCAGCAACCUCCCUCUCCGCCUCAGCCGCCGUCCUCGUUCGCCGCCUUCACCGGAAGGUUCAGGAGUGCCAGGACGACCCCCGGAAGCACGGCACCCGGCACGCCGAGGCCGCAGACGCCCGUGCCGCCCGACGGAGACGCCUGCUCCGUGAGCUCGAACCGGCCGGCUCGCGACGACGACGAGGGCCCCUCCUCGGUGCCCCUCCUGCAGCUGCUGCUGACACGUUUCAUCCUGCCGCUCCCCGCCGUCAGAGAUCUGCCGUCCGAGUUUUGGAACGAGCGGGUGCGUGGGAUACUCCUGCGCCUUGCCGAGGCCGAGCUGUCGGAGAGCUACGACAAGGGCGCGCUGGGGACGCGAAAGACGCUCGCGACGGGCUCCAGUGCCGUCUUGGAGAUGCUCGGCCGCGGUGCGCUGGGCGGCGUGCCGCGGGGAACUGAGGUUCCGGGGGAGAGGCGGGACUACGACACGUCCAAGGCCGAGGACCUCGCGAGGGCGUGGGACGACGUCGUCGUCGACCUCGUCUACGGCGACUUGAUAGACGGCUUUUUUGACCACGCCAGCAGGACGGACGACUUGGAGAGCCACUCCCCAGCCGUCAAGGCCGCCGCCGACUAUUCCCUCAUCCACCUCGCCACCCUCGCCCACCACGUCGUCAUCGGCUCUCCCGAGGGCCAGUAUCUCCUCAAGCUGCUGGAGAACGCGCACUCGCUCGUUCCCUACAAGCUCAUCAAGCAGACGCUGCGCGUCGGCAAUGCCGCCACCAUGAUGAGCGGCAUGGUGCGCCUGCUGCUCGCCAAGAUCAGCAUCACGAGCGUCACGAACUGGUUGGGUCUCACGCAAAGCCCGGACGACGGCCUCAACGUCCUUCAGCGCAUCGUCUCCCUCGUUCUCAGCUGGGACUCUGGCGAGUUUCGCAAGGGUGCCGAGAGGGUGGCCAAGGACAAGGGCGGCCCGUCCGAGGAGGUGCUCCGGGUCCUACGCGAGCACAUCGACGACGACGCCAGGGACAGGCAUGAUCUGGCGCGCGCGGCGAGCCUUGAGAAUGGCGAGUCCAUUGUCGCCUCCAUCCUCAACGCCGCGGACCCCGCUCUCGUGGCCGGCCUGAGCGAAGACCAGCACACGCAGUGCCUGGCUUACGUCUCGGCCCUCCUCUCCGUCCGCGACCGCGAGUCCAUCACCUCGGUCCUCUGCCGCCAGCUGCCGGACCUGUUCACGCGCAUCAUCAAGGACGCCUUCGCCGCCUACGACCCGAUAAUACGCAGCGUGCACGCUUGUGUCGACCUCAAGGAGCAGCUCGACGCGAUCCAGACUUUCAUCGACGACUUUGUCAAGGCGAGCAAGCCGAAACUGGCCGACGACGGCGAGGAGCGCAUGGCCGGCGUCGACGAGUACGUCGAGCUGUUGCGCCGGAACAAGGGGCUCGUCUACCGGUGGGUGAACGUCUUGGCCGCCGCCUGCGCCGACGUCUGGGAAGAACUGAGGCUGUGGGCGAAAGAGUCCGCCAUGACCCUCCGGCAAGGGGCGGGGAAGAAUUCGGGACCUGCGAACAUGGCCGGCAGGCUGAACGACUUGUUUUGCGAGCUUGAUCCCGCCGUCCGGCCGCGUGUGCUGGAGGCCAUAGAUGCCCACGCGGUCCAUCUCGCCGCCCUCAACGACCUCUCCCUGACCCGUCUGCAGUCCCUCCUCACCCCCGCCGCUUCCGAAGAGCGCAGACAAACCGCCGGCCCUGGAGUGUACCUCUCACGCUGGCAGUCCCUUCUCAACGAGACGCCCAUCACGCCCGCCACCCUCGCGACGCCCGCCACCGUCCGCCGCGGCAAGGAGGUCAAGCACACCACGACGGUCGGCAAGACGGGCGUUGGGGGCGAGAUGCUGAUGCAGAUCGUCAGUGGAGAGGAUUGGGGGCCCGAGGGACCGGACGUUGCCGUCAUUUUUGACGCCUUGGGCGAUGGGUUCAGGGACCUCGUGAGAGAGAUGGCUAAACAAGCUGCAUAG